UAUUCCAAUCUAUGGAUACUGAACUAUCAUCUUCGAUCAUCCUUUUUUCAUCCCUCAUUUUUCUUGCAUUCUUAUGGAAUGUAAUCACUCGCUCCAAACUCCCCCGGAGCUCCGGCAAACUUCCGCCGGGGCCGAGAAAGCUGCCCUUCAUCGGGAGCUUGCACCACCUUAUUAAGUCGCGACCACCCCAUCACAUUUUAACCAACUUAGCGUCGAAAUAUGGGCCGUUGAUGCACUUGCAACUAGGCGAAGUCAGCGCCAUUGUUGUGUCGUCGCCUGAAGCAGCAAAAGCGGUCAUGAAUACGCAUGACGUCAACUUUUCUAAUAGGCCAUCCCUCUUUGCCUCAAAAGUUAUACUUUAUGAGAAUUCUGAUGUAGCAUUUGCGCCGUAUGGCGAAUACUGGAGACAGUUGCGAAAAUUUUGCACAAUAGAGCUGCUGAGUCCAAAGCGCGUCCAAUCUUUCCGCUCCUUAAGGGAAGAAGUGUUUAUGAAUAUGUGCAGUUCGAUAGCUUCGAAAGAAGGCUGCUCCCUCGACAUGUCUGAGAAACUUUCUUUGAUUACGUGUGACUUGAUUUUGCGGGCAGCCCUUGGCAAUACGAGUAUCGAUGAACACUCACCGUUGGUGUCCAUAGUCAUUGAAGCUUUUGUAAUAAUCGGAGAAUUCAAUCUCGGCGAUCUUUAUCCCUCCAUCAGUUUGUUUAAAGGAAUCGGCGGAUAUAAAGGCCGGUUGGAGAAGUUGCGCAAACAUAUGGAUACGUUGCUCGACAAGAUUAUCAAUGCUCGAAGAGCAACCAAAUCUCAAGAUCAAGAGGAGGAAACCUUCACCGAUGUUCUCCUCAAUUUCCAUAAGGACACGGGGCAUGAAUUCCAAUUAAGUGAUGAUAACAUAAAAGCUGUGCUAGUGGAUAUAUUCGUUGGUGGGAUCGAAACUUCAUCGGCUACAGCAGAAUGGGCUAUGGCAGAAAUGAUGAGACAUCCAAUUGUUCUUAAGAAGGCACAAGAUGAGGUGAGACGGGUUUUCGGCGACAAGGGGUUUGUCGAUGAGUCCGACUUCGAUGAGCUAAAGUACCUAAAGUUAGUGAUCAAAGAGACUUUUAGAAUUCACCCACCGGGGCCUCUACUGCUGCCGAGAGAAAGCUCGGAGGCCUGUGAGAUUAAUGGCUACACAAUACCUGCAAAAACAAGGACUAUGGUGAAUGUAUGGGCCAUUGGAAGAGAUUCUAAAAUCUGGAAAGAUGCUGAAAGCUUUAUUCCAGAGAGAUUUCUCGAUAAAGAUAUUUCUGUCGAUUACACAGGGAAGGGUUUCAAGCUCAUGCCUUUUGGUGCUGGGAGAAGGAUGUGCCCUGGAAUGGCAUUUGGCCUUGCCAAUGUCGAAGUCCCGUUGGCAAUGUUGCUUUACCAUUUUGAUUGGGUUUUGCCACAGGGAAUCAAACCAGAAGAUUUGGACAUGGGAGAAGCCAUUGCCCUUUCAGGAAGAAAGAAAACCCCACUUUAUGUGAUUCCCAAAUUGAAAAACCCUUUGCCUCUAAAGUGAAAUCGAGGGACACUAUCUUUGUUAAUUUCUAUGAUCGAGCCAUUUCAUAGUCAUGGGAAAUAAGGCUUGAUGUUAUGUACUACAGUGGAU